UCAUCUUUGAUAGGGGCAUCGUGUCCUAUCAGAGGCUUUGUGCCUCUCGCCCCUUCCAAGGUGGUCCCUUAGCGGUUAUUUGUCCGCCAUCUUGGAAUCGGGCGGGAAGUGGCGGCAGAAAGUGAGUCACGUGAGAAAGCCGCUCCGUUCCAGCCCCCCCGCUGAGGGGAGGCUCAGGUGGCUAACCCGGAAGCUGCUCGCGGGAAGGGGAAGUGUCUGACCGCGGAGCUGCCACUUGGCCUCCAUGGCAGCCGCGGGGGACGCCGGGCGCAGAGGGGAGCUGGAAGCCUGAGGGACUGAGCUCCCCGCUGAACCGCUCCGCGCCGCCCUCCGCUGAGACCAGGGGCCAGCAGGGGAAGGCGAAGGCGUUGCCGGCGUCUCCCUGCGGCCGGUAGGAAGGGCCGGGCUCCCUCCCCGCUGUGUCUCGGGGCGAGCGGCCUUUCUGUUGCCCCUGGGGCUGGUAUCGUCUGUGAGCCGGGUGGGCCCUUCUCUCACCCGGGCGAAAAGGUGCCCCCGGGUUGUGGGAGAGAAAGGGCCUUUCCGGUCCCCCAGGGGUGGCCUAAUCCCCUGGGGCCCUUGAGAGGGGAGGCGGCGAGAGGGAGAGAAUCGUGGGAUCCCAGCUGCUGUUGACAGAUCCAGGGAUCAGGGCCAGGAAAGCCGGGUGUCUCUCUCACACAUUUAGCUCUUGGGGGAGGGAGGGAGUUUGUGGCACCACCGGGGAAGAGGCGCCUCUGACCUUCAUGACUCUGCUGGAGCCGCAACACCUGAACAAGUUGAAAAACUGCAUGCACUAAAAGCUGGAAAAGUUGAAUUCUACUUUAAGCGAGUGGACAAAAAGCAACAACAUGGAUGAUUUCAUCUCCAUCAGUUUGCUGUCUCUGGCUAUGCUGGUUGGCUGUUACGUGGCAGGGAUUAUCCCCUUGGCAGUUAAUUUUUCAGAGGAAAGGUUAAAGCUGGUGACAGUUCUGGGUGCUGGGCUCCUCUGCGGAACUGCCUUGGCGGUAAUUGUGCCUGAAGGAGUACAUGCACUUUAUGAAGACAUUUUGGAGGGGAAGCACCAUCAGGCCAGUGAGACUCAAAAUGUGGUUGAAUCUGAGAAAGCAGCAGAAAUAACAGCUGAGCAUGAGCAUGGCCAUGACCAUUCAAAAUUACACGCAUACAUUGGUGUUUCCCUUGUCCUUGGUUUUGUCUUCAUGCUUUUGGUGGACCAGAUAGGCAGCUCACACGUGCACGCUACAGAUGACCCAGAAGCGGCAAGGUCAGGCAAUUCCAAAAUCACUACUACACUGGGACUAGUGGUCCAUGCUGCAGCUGAUGGUGUUGCAUUGGGGGCAGCAGCUUCUACUUCCCAGACCAGUGUCCAGUUAAUAGUGUUUGUUGCAAUUAUGUUACACAAGGCACCAGCUGCCUUUGGCCUGGUUUCCUUUCUAAUGCAUGCUGGGCUGGAACGGAAUCGAAUCAGAAAGCACUUGCUGGUCUUUGCAUUGGCAGCACCUGUUUUGUCAAUGGUGACGUACUUAGGGCUAAGCAAGAGCAGCAAAGAAGCCCUUUCAGAAGUCAACGCCACUGGAGUUGCCAUGCUUUUCUCUGCUGGGACUUUUCUGUAUGUUGCCACAGUGCACGUCCUCCCAGAGGUGGGAGGAAUGGGGCAUAGCCACAAACCUGAAUCAACAGGUGGGAAAGGACUCAGCCGCCUGGAGGUGGCAGCCCUGGUCCUGGGCUGCCUUAUUCCUCUAGUUUUGUCCAUCGGGCACCAGCACUAAAGGUUCAAAGUCACUGUUCUUCUCCUUGAUCUGGUGUGAGCAGUAAAUGUUGGCUGCUCUUUUCAUCACUGUCUCUCUUACCCCAUCAUCCACCUCAUCUGCGCUGUGGAGUUUAGAGGGAAGCUUGAUUCCAACAUGAGGAAUUCUGGAAAAGCUUUUAGUGUAGCAAAAUGUACUUUGGCAGCCGGACAUAAAUUUUGUGUAAUUUUCUUUUCUGAAGACAUUUGAUAUUUUAAUUUUGAUUUCUGGCCCCUAUUCUCAGGGAAGAUGGACUUUGAAUUUUAAGAAAGGUGAGUGGGGAAGAAUUUAAUGGCUCGUCAUGAAAUUGCAAUCACCAAAGUUUUCUGUAACUCAGCAUUCACAGCUGAGAAUAAAACAAUGGAUGGAUGCCUUUUAAUAUGUGGAAAUCUUCUUACCAGUAGAAUAGGGGAAUCUCCCCUACAAUUUUUUUAUGUUGUCCUGACACAUGUGACUGAUCCUUGUAAUAUCAGUGCCACAAGCCUUGCUGUAAAGGUGCAGUAUUCAAAAUUCUGGGUAAUGCACUUGUUGCAAAAGACACUAACUGUGGAUUGGAAGAAACAUUAUUGGACAAAGAUUAGAGGAAGUCUAGGAUGUGAGAAUUCAGCUAGUUUAGUAAGUGGAGAUGACUUUUGCAUUGCAUUCCCUGGAUUAACACAAAGGAACCAAGGAAGUCCUAGAAACAAGGAAAUAUUCUGUUAUUUCUUGGUUUAUGCAGUGGCUUGUUACGUUAUUUAACAAAAAAAACAAAAACAAAGGCAGCACACCUUGGAAGCAGAUCUCCCAUCACGUCCGUAACGAGUAGCAACCAAAAUUGUAGAGACAGUUAGGAAUAUGGCACCAGGGCUGCGCUGCUACUAUCCUUGAGAGACAAAUACACAGUGUCUUUUUAAAUCAAACUGUUCAGGGCUUUGAGUGGAGAUCUGAUGGAAAUGGAUUUUGAGGGACCAGAGAACUAUACUAGCUCAUUUACAAAGGGCUGAAACUAGUGGUCUGGUUUUCCUUUCUUUCAUUAAAUAAAAAAUAUUAAGGUUAACAAAACAAGAUCUCUGGUUAAAUACUCAUACUCUGUGCGUGUUGGCAGGUCCACGGUGUGUCUAAACUAGUUAACUGCUCUGCUAAAUCUUCAUACCAGCAAGUAAGAAGCAUUUUGUUUUUUGUCAAGAACCUAUUGAAAUUAUACCUUUCUCCUUUGGGAAUCUUGGAAUCCACCACCUCUUGAUUAUGGUUGGUUGAACUGAUGCUACUCUGGGAUUCAGUGCCAUUGCAGCUGGAUGAUAAAAGAUUCUCUCCUUAUCAAGACAUGCCUUCUCUUGUCAGGCAAUGUUUUUGUUUAAUUAUGCAAGAAAUGGUACAUUUUAAUAACUGUAAUGCAUACAAAUUCAGAACAAUUGACAUGCACAGAUUGAAAACACAACUCUUGUUUUACAAAAAUUUCUUUUAUGCUACAUCCAUUUUAAGCCCUAGUCUGAAUCUAUCUGCACUUCUUAAAUAUAAUAUUGCCAAAAUGUUGUUUUUGUUUAUAGUCAUUUUCAUUGUUUGAAACAAAUCUUCAAAGCUUGAAAACACUGCUUUCUCAAGGAACUUAUUGUCUCCUUGUGAAAGAGAGAGCCCCUUUCUUCCCUCGCCAUCUGUUUCUUAUGGUACACAGGCCAUCAUGGCUCUGACUUCAUUACAUCCUCAUCUUCUAGCUCAGCAGUGGGUAUCAGCAUGGCUCUUGGAACAGGAUUUGUUAGUUUAAUUAGCGAUCACUCUGUUCAGUGGCUUUGUAGCAGCACAAAAACAGUAAUCCACAAUCAGAUUUUAACAGCGGUGACUGCUUUUUUGUUUUUUACCGUUAGAAAGGUGGAUUUGAAAAUCAGUGCAGAAUUAUUAGAAUGUAGAAGACCUUCCCACAAGACUAAUUAUUUUAAGGUAGAUAAAAUAUUGACCUAAUAUUGUCUACAUGACACUAGACUUUUAAAAAGCUAUUGUGUUCUGAAAAGCAACAGCAAAAAUAGCACCACCUAACUGACUAGAUCUAUUUCCUCUAUGUAUUUAGUCAUGCCUAGUUUCUCAAGAGACAAAUACAAAUCUAUACUUUUUUACUCCCGUUAGCUCUGAAAAGCCAACACAGCUCAGCUAGAGAGCUGGAUUCUGUUCUCUGUGUACCACCACAAUUGUGUAACUGUUUGCAAUUGACAAACCUGUGUAAAUCCACUGAAGGCAGUGAUGGUGCACAAGUGUCACUGAGGGCAUAAUUGGGCCUGUAGAACCUUUUUGACAGGUGGUAGUGACAGGCAACGUAUAAAGAAUCCUGCGCUUAGACCUCGUGGUAAAUUUGCAGGGCUGGCAGUUAUGAAAAAACACCAAUUCUGUAUGUAAACUGAGCAAAUCUGAUCUGUAAUCAUUGGCAGACAAACUAGAACCUCCUUGGUGACACUUCUGCGGUUACAUUUUGGGGUAGAACCACACUUUACGUUUACUUCCAUUUUUCCCCAGCACGUUCUUACAGUUAUCUUUCAACAUCUGUGUUCAGCUUCAGCCAUCAUUUCAUUUCAUGUCACGUCACUGUAAUGGUCAGAAACCUAUAUAUCCACUGUAGAUAGGAGUAUCAUUUACCAUCUUUUCCUGCCAGUGUGCAAUAUUCAGCCAGAACCUUUCUCUAUGGACCAUUGCUUAUUGAGGAGGAGACAGUUGACCAAAUUUCUCUCCCCUGCUGACAUAGCUUCUGGCAGGUUUACCAUAGUGAUAAUCAUCUUCCUGUUGGCAUUGCUAAGAGGGUUUUAUCAGACUUCUUGCCACAGACACGUCAUAAGAUCAAGUCUCCAACUUCUGGGGCAGUUGCCAUUGAUGAUGAUGCUCAAUUUAGUAUUGUGUAAACUAAGCUUGAGAGGCCAGAGCAUUAAGCAUUAUUGGCCAAGAUAGAACAGUGCAAGAGUCUGAAAAGGGUUCACAGGUUAAAAUAUCUACAAACAAAAGGGGACAGAAGGCCCAGUAAUGUGCAAUUUUCACUUUGCAGUUUGACUAAGUGGCAUAAGUUUUAUGUUUUUUCCUGUCCACUUUGAACUAGCUUCUUUGUUUUGGCUGCCUUAAUGGUAUAUAUCCGUUGAACUGUUUAAACUUUACAUGGCUGAGACUGCCGCCGUUACCAAGGGAAUUGGGGGUUAUCAGAGAGAUGCCUAUUGUAGCAGAAGGUAAAGUUUUGUUCUUCGAGGGCUUGUUCAUGUCCGUUCCAAUCCGGUGUACAAUGGCCCCGGGGGUUGUGGUGAGCUGCAGGCACUGCUGGCAGCGGCACCACCGACAGACGGGCCAGCACUGCUGUUGCCCCCUACAGCUCCGGCACCGACCCUCCUGUCAGCGGCACCGCCGACAGUGACAGCUUCGAUUCCACGGGCGUCGACAAUAUCGGCACCACCGGAACCAGCAACUUCAGCACCGCCUGCCUCGGCACCGAUAUUUCCUCCUCCAGCGGUUCCGGCACCGCGGGCUGUGGAAUACCGCAUGCCGCAAGACCCCUGGGGCGCUGAAGGGAGUGAGCAGGAUGCGCUGCCAGGCCGCUCCUCCUCAUCCUCCCUGGAUGAAGUGGUCGCGGGACGUCGACGUCCCCAGCUCUGGAAGAUAACAGGGCACUCCAGCAGCUCUUACACCAUGCUGCCCAGACCCUGGGUAUACAGCCAGAAGAGGUGGUGGAGGAAUCAGACCCAGUCGUUGAAGCAGGGGUCUGCCACAGUGUUUUGGUCGUCUCUACGAUAGUCUUUGUUAAAGACAAGGCGACACGAGAGGGACCAGAGGAUGCCAAGGCAGGUGCUGAAUGGCUGGUUCCGGCAGUGCCAAUAUCAAUGCCAGUGGAAUCGAAGCUGUCGCUGUCAGCAGUGCCGCUGACAGGAGGGUUGGUGCUGGAGCUGUAGGGGGCAACCCCGUGGCCAUUGUACACCUGAUUGGAAUGGACAUGAAUAACACAUCUCAAAGAACAACAGUUAAGAGAAGGUAACUGUUUUUUGCCGCAAGUGACCAAAUCUAUCCUGAUUGUAGUUCCUCAGCAAAUUAUUUUCUUUCAACAUAGGAUUUCAGUUAUAUAUGAGUUGGGGUGAAAACAUCUCUGAUCAUACCUCCAUCCUCCCUCUUUAUCUGCCACAAUAAAAUCAAUUAUCACAUGUAGUCUGGGCCAUCUCUUGUUGGUUUCCAUUCCUCAGGAAAAUUAGUUGCAAAUCAAUUCUUCAUUACUCUUCCAUUUUUGUCUGUAAUGUCCAUCUUAUAUAGGCUUUCAGUUGUGAUGGGGUGGAAAAUAGGUACACCCAGACAACACUGUAACUUAUUUGCUUGCAUUUUUCCCUUCUUUUUCCAAAUCCCACCCCCAAACCAGAACUCUCCACAUCAGCUAAUUUAUCAGUUCCUGAUGGUUGAGUUGAUACUAAGAAUCAAUUAAGAUUACAUCUGUGUUAGUUUCAAUGGGUUCAGCUAUUUCACUGACUCUUCUGAUAUCAUUUUUGUUCCUCGUAAUAGAGGCAAAAUAUUUUUUUCAGUACCUGAUGACAACUGAGAUACAGGAGCCUCAUUUAUAUUUACAGAUGUGAGAAUGGCAGGGCAGUCACACCAGGAUAAGGAUGUUUUGAUGGCUGCUCCAUAUAUUAGAAGUUGGCCAGGAAUUAAGCACGAGAACCUAGUGACUACAUCUGAGCUUCAAAGAGCACUCCUGCAUGGAAUAUCUUAAAACCUUAACAUUAUCCAAGAGACCCAGAAGAACAACAGUAUUUGUUCAGGAACUACUGUAGAGGCUGGUGAUUGUUUUAUAGGAUUCCUUGGCAGUGGCUGACUUGUGCCCUUAUUGUCAACUAUACUCAGAAGAACAUGGAGAGGCUAUGGAAUAACUAUGUUGCUGUUGGUCUCUUCUACGUCGUCUGCCCUUGAUCAUCCUCAGGAAAUCUGGAAGGAGGAGUUUGGUUGCUUUUGUCUGUGGUGUUGUGGGGAACCUGUCCAGUGAAUUUCAGAUUCAAACUUUUAAAAAUAUCAGCUUUUCUCAUUGUCCUUUGGUUACAUCUUCCAGCAACUCAGGCUUUCUAGGGAAUAAAAUUGCCUGGUUACUGUAGUUGAAGUGACUUUGCAUACUGAGCUGUAAUUUUAAUGUCUUUUCAAAACCAUUUGUACACAUGAAAUCAUUCCAUGAAUGGCUGCCUUAUAAUUUUUUGUUUUUUUCCACUUUAAUUGUGAAUGGUUUAAAAAAAUGUUGUUGGUUUUUUGAUUUGUUUUAUUAUAUUAAAUUUUUAUUAGGUGCAGUGCUUAA